GUUACCUAUGAAAUAAAAAUGACUUGGAUUUCAGUUAAUGGUUAAAAAUUAAAAUAUUGUUUGGCAAUGCGUGUUUGUGAAAUGGUGCAGUGCAGGUGUUAUAUAGAUUAAUAUUUUUCGCAAAUUUGCACAUAUUACGAGCAAUAAAUCAUCACAAUGUAAUUUGUACAUUCUUAAUUCUUAUUUAGAAUAAUUACAUGUAGUGAAGCUUUCAGUGUGCUGGAUAUGCAAAAACUGUUAUAAUAAAUUAUUGCUUAUAGCUUAUAAUCUAAAGUUACCUACACGAAUGCAUAAAAAAAUAUGAGACCGAGCCCCGAGGAGGCAGUCUAUUUUUGAAUGAUUCGAGUCCGGACUCAUGAAUCCGGAGCUGGAGACCGGAGACAUCCCUAUCCCUGACAAUGUCAAUUGACAGCUGACACUUCAAUGGUUCGCUUUAUAAGAUUGCUUGGAAACAUAAACCAUGGAGGAGCAGGCGUGCUUGGUGCACACAGACUCUGAGAACUCGUCAAAGCUUGGCAGCUUUGGGUCUCUCUCUCACACUAUGACUUACACAGAAGAUAGGCUUACUGGCGCGGAGGGUGCAGGGGAGCCCGGCCACGCAGUUACCAUGGCAACCGCGCCGCCUGAUCCCGCCGACGGCAAUGAGAGCGGCGAGCUCCUCGACUACAACGACUCGAGCGUUCUAGAACAGUUCCAUGAAGAUGCGCUUAGACAGGCGGGUUGCGGCGUCUCGCAGGCGCGCGUGCUUCUGGCGGUGGGGCUGGCGCUGGCGGGCUCGUCGCUGGAGCUGUCCGCCAUACCGUUCGUGCUGCCCUCCGCAGAGAUCGAGCUGUGCGUGCUGCCGCAUCAGAAGAACUGGCUGGUGCUGAUCUCCGUGGUGGGCUGCGGCCUGGGCGGCGUGGGCUGGGGCGCGCUGGGGGAGCGUGUCGGGCGGCGUCGCGCGCUGCUGUCCGCGCUCGCCGUCAACGCCGUCUUCGCCACCAUCGCCGCCUUCAUGCCGACGUAUGGCACCUUUAUGAUGGCCAGAUUCUGCUCGGCGCUCGGUUCGGGCGGCAUAGCCCCUACGGGCUUCACCUACGCGGGGGAGUGUCUGUCGCGGGGACGAAGGGUGCUGCUAGCGGUGCUCCCGGGGGCGGCGGCGCUCGGAGCCCUGACGGCUGCGGGGCUCGCCAGUGCGAUACUGCCUCCGACAGGCGCGGAUACACUCAUAGAGAACAAGGAGCACUUCAGCGCUUGGCACAGAUACCUCCUGUUAUGCACGCUGCCUAUCCUGGCUUCCCUGAUCAGCCUGAUCUGGACGCAGGAGUCCCCGCGCUACCUGCUCGACGUGGGCAGGGAAGUCGACGCCAUGAUGGUCUACCAAAGCAUACACAGCAGCAACCAAGUCCGCAUAUGCGGCAAAGCGUCCGCCGACGAUUACCGACUGGGCGAGCUGACGCUGCCGCCCAAGCGCCGCCCGCCCGCCCUACAUCAUGUGCGACACAGCGUCAAAAUGUUCUGGCAGACGUUCUUCCAGCUUUUCGCGACCGCGUAUCGAAACACUACGCUCUCUCUCGGCGGAACGCUGCUGUUCUUUAUGGCGAUACAAUUCUACCUAUCAUCGUUCGUGCCCGCAACGAUCGCGAGCGCCGAAGAGGUGCAGUUCGCGAGCGCGACGCGGACGGUUAGCUCGAGCGAACUUCAGUCCGAACUGUACACGGGCACGCUCGAGAACGUGCGCUACGACAACGUGACGUUCCGCGCGUGCACGUUCCGCGACAUGCUGCUGUCGCACGUCGCCUUCACCAACUGCUCCUUCUACAACGUCGCCUUCUCCAACAUCAAGAGUUCGUACACCAGCUUCGAGAACUCCCUGUUCGUUAAUAGCACUAUAAUCGACACGGACAUGGAGGUGGGUAGCGAGCUGUCAGACUGCGUGCUGGUGAGCACCAUCGUGCGCGGUAUCCGUGGCGCGUGCGCCCGCCACGCCGACCUGCGGUCCGCGCUACGCGGCGCGCUCGCCGAACGCGUGUACGCCGCCAGCGCCGCGCUGCUCGCUGCGCCGCUCGCGCCGCCUGCUGCGCGAUUGCUAGUGCUGCCAUGCGCGCUGGGCGUGUUACUGGCGCCGGCGUUGCUGGUGCAUGGCGAGACGGCGCUGUACGCGGUGGAGGCGGCGUACGCGUUACUCGCCACGCUCGUCUUCUACGCCGUAGCGGUCAAGAUUAUUGACCACUAUCCUGCCAACUUGAGAUGCACGGCUCAUGGUCUCAUGCUGUCGGUGACGUUCAUGGGCGGCGCGGUGGUGAAGGGCGCGGGCGAGGGCGGGCCGGUGGUCAGCGGGCUGCUGUGCGCCGCCCUAGCCGCCGCCGCCGCCGCCCUAGCCGCGCGCCUGCGGUAGACAGAGACAGCUGUCGUCCGCGGUGCGAGUGAACGGGACGGCGAUAUACAGGCGAGGAGGAAACGUGCUUAAUCUGACUGACUUGACGACAUGAAAUCAUCGCACUCGACGCCAACCCAACUUACAGUAUGACAUUGAAUUCUCAGCUUUAUGUAGUUUGAUUUAGGAGUUAAUUUCCUAAGCAAACAACCAGUAGACGGCUAGUCGUCCACAUGGUUUGAGUUGACAAAUUCACUCUUAUGUCCCUAACAAUAAAGCGUACAUUUCCAUGCCAUGCUGGGAGUUGGGUCGGCGUUGAGUCGGUGUAGUGUGCGAUGACUUUUAUUCGCCCACAAUUUACGUGUAUGAGCGAGAAAGCAUUUUCGUUCGAUGUCAUUUCUUCGUGUAGAUGAGUCGUUAUUAGCUUACUCGCUCACGCGUUAUAUGCGUGAGCGAGAAAGGCAUGUCGGCUCAAGAUUAUUACGAUCGAUGUUCCCUAAACGAGUUACAGUGUGAGAGAGAAAGCCAUAAGUAUGCAUGUACCUUAUGUGUAAAAGAGACGAAUAGACUUGCGUAUCUCGUUCUUUCAUUAUUUUGGUAAGAAUGAUAAAUAUCGUUAUGCAUAAUAUGUAAGAGAUAGUAUCUCUAUAUCAUUUAUUGGGUCUUCGUGCCAUCGGUAUAGGCGUAAUGUAAGUCAACUAACGGAGGUUGUAUUAGAAAAUAUUUGUGAUAGACGGCAAUAUUGUGUUAAAAUCAAAUGU